AUGGAAAUCUUAUAUCUAUACAUUAUAUUUACUAUUAUAUUUCAGGCUUUAGUGUUCCUGUGCGCGGUGGCCGCUGCAGCUGCUGUUGCCGUACCCGUCUUUCCUGCCGCCAAGGUGGCAUAUGCCCCGGCAUCCAUCUCCUACGCUGCUCCCCUCGCCAAAGUAGCAUACGCCCCGGCCCCCGUCGCCAAGGUAGCCUACGCUUCACCCGUUGCCAAGGUCGCCUACGCUGAACCCGAAGCCCCCGCCAACUAUGAGUUCAACUACUCCGUCCACGACACCCAGAGCGGUGACAUCAAGCAGCAACACGAACAGCGCGCCGGCGAAGCUCUCCAGGGCUCCUACUCCCUCAUCCAACCCGAUGGCGUCCACCGCAUUGUAGACUACACCGCUGACGAGGUGCACGGCUUCAACGCGGUCGUGCGUUACGAGGGUCAGGCUACUGAGGCUCCCACCAAGAUCGCCUACGCCGCCCCCGUUGCCAAGCUGGCCUACGCCGCUCCCGUCGCCAAGGUAGCUUACGCCCCGGCGCCUGUAUCCUACGCCGCCGCCCCAGUCGCUAAAGUGGCCUACGCUCCAGCUCCCGUCACCUACGCGGCCGCCCCAGUUGCCAAAGUUGCAUACGCUCCUGCGCCAGUGGCGUAUGCCGCUCCCUCCAAGCUCGCCUACUCGACGAACCUCGGACACGUGUCCUUCUCAUCCCCUGCCGUCUCUUACCAACACUAAGAGUCACGCCAUCGUUUACCGUGUUACUAUUUAUUCUGUUUAAUA